AGUAGGAAAACCCUCCAGAUUCCUUCGGGCACCAGGUUGUGUGUCUUCCUCCCCACCAUGAAGUCCCACAGCAGUGGACAGCUCUCUGCCCCAGCUGAAGUCUUAUCUUUCACCUACAACAUCAGCGUACACAGCUUGUAGGCUGUGUGAUGUCCACAACCAUCCUUCAUGCAGAGUAUAGGCAACAAGAAGCUGAAAGGUCACCUGGUCAACCCAGGCUCGCCCAGGCUCAGCUCAACACAGCAGGAGGCAGGGCCUUAAAAUCAGAUCCCCAGUGCUGCAGGAUAGUUGGUUGCAUAGUGACAUUGUUACUGUGUUACAAGUUUACCCUUGAAUCGGGGUGGAGAGAGCAACUAGAUGACCACAAUUAGCCAUUGAUAUUUUGGAGGACUCUGGAUACAUAUAGAGAGAAACAGGAUGUAAUAGGGAGGGGUUUAGAAAGCUUCUCCGUGCAGCUCGGGCACCGUAGCCAUUAGCCAUCACGAACGACACAGUAACGAUCCGGACCAGGAAGUUCAUGACUAACCGUCUGCUUCAGAGGAAACAGAUGGCUAUUGAUGUCCUUCAACCUGGGAAGGCUAUAGUACCAAAGACUGAAAUUCGGGAGAAGCUAGCCAAAAUGUACAAAACCACACCAGAUGUCAUCUUUGUGUUAGGAUUUAGGACCCACUUUGGUGGCGGCAAAACAACUGUGUUCGGCGUGAUCUAUGAUUCUCUAGAUUAUGCUAAGAAGAAUGAGCCCAAACACAGACUUGCAAGACAUGGCCUCUAUGAGAAGAAGACCUCCCAGAAACAGUGGAAGGAGCGAAAGAACAGAAUGAAGAAGGUCAGGGGCAUGGCAAAGGCCAACGUUGGUACUGGCAAAAAGCCAAAGGAGUAGAUCUGCGGUGAUUCGAUCUGCGGUGGUGUGCAGACAAUUUCGGAGAGAACAAAUAAACUAAAAGCUUAUGUGGAAAAAAAAAAAGGAAGAUUCUCAGGCUUUUGGAUCAGGGAAGGAGAGACAGAGGAGGACAUGGGUUGCUUUUUUUGCUACUUAUCAAUCAGGUUUUCACCCCGAUACUGACUCCCGAGUUUUUAUUAAUAAUAUAAAAAUUAGAUAAACUCUUCAUCUGGCAUCCAACCUGGGGCAAGAGAUACUGAGGCAGCCCCUCUCCUGGGCUGUGUAGCUGCUUUCAGCAGGCUGUUAUUCAGGUGGCCCAUGCCCUUGCUUCCCACUAUUGAGGUUUCCCCUACAAUGCAUCCUUUUCAUGCAGCUCUCUCUCCCUCCCCACGGGUUGCAGGCCUUCCCUGGCCCACUUCUUAGGCUGCAGCCGGCCAGCUCAGCCACUUGGACAUGCUCUCUGGCCUUGACACCAGCUUGCACCCGCUGGGGCUUCUGCUGCUGGUGCAGCUGCCUCACAUGGUCAGCCCUGGCUACAUGCAAGCAGCUGCAGGUGCCCUCAGUCUAGCCUGUGCUGCGGUGCAGAGACAGCCCACUGUGACCCCAUCGUCCACUGGGCUUACCUCGCCACCUGGGCACCGUGCCACCCCCCAGCCCUCAUUGCCAAGUACCACAGCAGGAGCUGGGUACCACAGGCCUCCUCACCCCACCACAGAGCACUGCAGUCGACUUUGCUGUAGCCCACAGGAUACAGGGAGGGGUGGGGGAAUAUUGAACAGUGUUUGGUGGCGUUUUUACCUGCUCGGCCAUCUAACUGGCCUUUUGUUUUUGAGACGGGUGAGAGUAUACCAUGUUGGCCUUGAAUUUGCUACGUAUCAGAUCUCCUUGUCUCUAGCUCCCAAUUGCUGGUAUAUAUAUUAUUGCU